ACUCGUCCGCGCCCCACACUAUUUGACGCGACUCGGACCCGCCUGCCGGAAGUCGGGAGACUAACCAUGGCGACGGCGGCGGCGGAGCAGUGGGUACUGGUGGAGAUGGUGCAGGCGUUGUAUGAGGCUCCAGCGUAUCAUCUCAUUCUGGAGGGAAUUCUAAUACUUUGGAUAAUCAGACUUGUUUUCUCUAAAACUUACAAGUUGCAGGAGCAUUCUGAUCUUACAGCCAAGGAAAAAGAAGAGCUGAUUGAAGAGUGGCAACCAGAACCUCUCGUCCCUCCUGUCUCAAAAGACCACCCUGCUCUCAACUACAACAUCGUUUCUGGCCCUCCGACCCACAACAUCGUGGUGAAUGGGAAAGAAUGUGUAAACUUUGCCUCCUUUAAUUUUCUUGGCUUGCUGGCCAACCCUCGGGUUAAGGCCGCAGCUUUAGCGUCUUUAAAGAAGUAUGGUGUGGGCACCUGUGGCCCUCGGGGGUUUUAUGGCACGUUUGAUGUGCAUCUCGAUUUGGAAGAGCGCCUGGCAAAGUUUAUGAAGACUGAGGAAGCCAUCAUUUACUCCUACGGGUUUUCCACCAUAGCCAGUGCGAUUCCUGCGUAUUCUAAAAGAGGGGACAUUAUUUUUGUGGACAGUGCAGCCUGCUUUGCUAUCCAGAAAGGAUUACAGGCAUCACGCAGUGACAUUAAGAUAUUUAAGCAUAAUGAUGUGGCUGACCUGGAGCGACUGCUAAAAGAACAAGAGAGCGAAGAUCAGAAGAAUCCUCGCAAGGCUCGUGUGACUCGUCGUUUCAUCGUUGUGGAAGGGUUGUACAUCAACACUGGAACCGUCUGCCCUCUUCCAGAACUGGUUAAGUUAAAAUACAAAUACAAAGCAAGAAUCUUUCUGGAGGAAAGCCUUUCGUUUGGAGUCCUUGGGGAGCACGGGCGAGGAGUCACUGAACACUAUGGGAUAAGCAUUGACGAUAUCGACCUUAUCAGUGCUAACAUGGAGAACGCACUCGCGUCUGUCGGGGGCUUCUGCUGCGGCCGGUCUUUCGUGGUUGACCAUCAGCGACUCUCUGGCCAAGGGUACUGCUUUUCAGCCUCAUUGCCUCCCCUGCUGGCUGCGGCUGCCAUCGAGGCCCUGAACAUCAUGGAGGAGAAUCCAGGCAUUUUUGCAGUUUUAAAGAAAAAAUGUCAACACAUCCAUAAAUCUCUACAAGGCAUUUCUGGAUUGAAGGUGGUGGGAGAGUCCCUUUCUCCAGCGUUUCACCUCCAGCUGGAAGAGAGCACAGGGUCUCGGGAGAAAGACGUGAAGCUCCUCCAGGAAAUUGUAGAUCGAUGCAUGAGCAAGGGCAUCGCGUUGACUCAGGCACGCUACUUAGACAAGGAAGAGAAGUGCCUUCCGCCUCCAAGCAUCAGGGUUGUGGUCACAGUGGAGCAGACAGAGGAGGAGCUGGAGAGAGCUGCAUCCACCAUCAGGGAGGCAGCCCAGGCUGUGCUGCUCUAGGCUACAGCCCAGUGCUUCCUGCCACGUCACCUGAAGACAGAAUGCUCAAAGACCUCCAGCUGGCCAGGGGGAGGAUUGCUGCCCAGGGUGUAGCUGUGGCUUGAGCACACAGCCAUAAUCAAUGGAUGGUUUUUAUAAGGCAGGAGCUGACUUUUAGAGGACAACAGGUGACAGCAAAUCACUGGUGUUUAUGCUGUGCCAUUUGGUCUGUAGGAUGCUUCACUAUCUCAUCCAUAUUUGCUUUUGUUUCAAACUGGAGCUUCAGUUUCCCCUCUUGCGUCUGUGGGAGUAAUUCGAUGAGUGCUCCUCCGUAUUCGUAGAACAGGAUUUUGCAGUGAAGAGGAACUCUCCGUGUACCACAGUUACUGUGGAAGACUGAGUCGACUGUGUCUUCCCAAGUCCUUCAGGUAGAGCACAAUGGUGGCUGCUAUGCAGAGAACUCUCUCUAUGUGUUAUAAAUGUCAUAGAACAUAUCUGAUCCUAGAACUUUUAUGCACUAGUUACUGAUAGUGUCAUUUCUAAUCUGAGCUUCACUAACAGAAAAUGUUCAUACUGCUUCCUAAGCAAUAAUCUGAAUCAAACAUUAUUUUAUUUUUGUGUAAUUAACUUUAUAUUUUUUAUAUAUUCUCUAGUCAGUUUUUGGAAGAGGGUUAUUAUUCUGGUCCCCAAAUGCAAAUCAUGCCCUUGGUAUUUUUGAAUAUGUCAGAUGUCCUUUUUCAUGGUGGUUUCGUCCAGGAGCAUAGAACUGUUGGCUUUUUCUAAGCUGAGAAAAAUGAGAACUUUCUUCUUUUCAUUCUAUAAAUUCCAGAUGCCUCAGAAAAAUAGAGUGCUUUAAAAGCGAUUCCGAGCUGUACACUGGCUGCUGUUCUCAGCAGAC